AGGUGACCGCGGCCGGGCUUACUAAGCCCAGCGCGGAAGCGCUGCGCGGGGCACCCCGGAUCGCGCAGCGCCGCCGCCGGCUCCAGACAUGCGUUGCCCGCUGCCGCCCCGCCUCGCGCUGCCCGGGCUCCUGCUGCUGCUGCUGCUGGGGCUGCGCCCCGCGCGGCCGGGGACCGGGGCCGCCGCGCGCUUCCAGCCCACCUGGGAGUCGCUGGACGCGCGCCCGCUCCCCGAGUGGUACGACCGGGCCAAGUUCGGCGUCUUCAUCCACUGGGGCGUGUUUUCCGUGCCCAGCUUCGGGAGCGAAUGGUUCUGGUGGUACUGGCAAAACCAAAAGAUACCAAAAUAUGUGAACUUUAUGAAAGAUAAUUACCCUCCGGAUUUUAAAUAUGAAGAUUUUGGACCACUCUUUACAGCAAAAUUUUUUAAUGCCAGCCAAUGGGCAGAUAUUCUUCAGGCCUCUGGUGCCAAAUAUAUUGUCUUGACUUCCAAACAUCAUGAAGGCUUUCCCUUGUGGGGUUCGGAGUAUUCCUGGAACUGGAACGCUGUGGAUGAGGGGCCGAAGCGGGACAUUGUCAAGGAACUCGAGGUGGCCGUUAGGAACAGAACCAACUUGCACUUUGGACUGUACUACUCCCUUUUUGAAUGGUUUCAUCCACUGUUUCUUGAGGAUAAAUCUAGUUCCUUCCAGAAGCAAAAAUUUCCAGCUGCUAAGAUGCUGCCGGAGCUCUAUGAGUUAGUGAACAAGUACCAGCCCGAGGUUCUGUGGGCGGACGGAGAUGGGGGCGCGCCGGCUUCCUACUGGAACAGCACUGACUUCUUAGCCUGGCUGUAUAACGAAAGCCCAGUUCGGGACACAGUGGUCACCAAUGAUCGCUGGGGAGAUGGCUGCAUCUGUAAGCAUGGUGGCUACUACACUUGCGCUGAUCGCUACCACCCAGGGCAUCUGUUGUUACAUAAAUGGGAAAACUGCAUGACGAUAGACAAGUUUUCCUGGGGCUAUAGGAGAGAGGCUGGAAUCACCGAUUAUCUUACAAUUGAAGAACUGGUGAAGCAACUGGUGGAAACGGUUGCAUAUGGAGGAAAUCUGCUGAUGAAUAUUGGACCCACAGUAGAUGGAACCAUUUCUGCAAUUUUUGAGGAGCGGUUAAGACAAAUGGGGACCUGGUUAAAAGUCAAUGGAGAAGCCAUUUAUGAAACCCAGACUUGGCGCUUCCAGAAUGACACUGUCACCCCAAAUGUGUGGUACACAUCUAAAUCGAAGGAAAAGUUAGUCUAUGCCAUUUUCCUUAAGUGGCCCAUUUCAGGACAGCUGGUUCUUACCCAACCCAAUGCUACUGCAGGGGAAACAGAGGUAAAACUAUUGGGACAUGGACAGCCACUCUCCUGGACUUCCUUGAAGCCAAAUGGCAUGAUGGUGCAAUUGCCACAGCUAAGCAUUCACCAGAUGCCCAGUAGCUGGGGUUGGGCUCUCAAACUAACGAAUGUGAUCUAGUGUGCGGCUGAGAGGCCAGUGAAUGCUGCAGUUACCUCAAAACUUGGAAAUGUCAGGUUUCUAUAAGUGUACUACAUGGAGAAUGCUGUUAUAAAACUGAUCAAUAAAAAAAUCAAAGUUUUUAUUCA